UUUCAUUGACAUGGCAUGCUUGCUACUUUGUGGCAGAUAGUAGUUAACAGUUUUCUGUAACUCCGGGAGGAUGACCAUGGAUUUGACUUUCCUCGGGACGGGCUCGGCGUACCCGUCCCCUCACCGCGGUGCCUCGGCUCUGGUGCUGCGGACGGACGGGGAGUGCUGGCUGUUUGACUGCGGAGAGGGAACCCAGACCCAGCUAAUGAAGAGCCAGCUCAGAGCCGGGCGAAUCACCAAGGUUUUCAUCUCCCACUUGCAUGGAGAUCACCUGUUUGGUUUACCUGGUCUCCUCUGCACUGUGAGCCUCAACACCAGCUCUGAAUCUCAGCAGGACAUGAACUGUGUGGACAUCUACGGGCCACGGGGUCUCAGACACUUUCUCAGAGUCACUCUUGGCAUCACUGGAUCACAGCUGCUCUUCCCUUACGCAGUGCAUGAAUUGGAGCCCACACCUGACCAGAGCCCAGAAGAAGGAAAACUUAACCCAGAGAUGGCAGCAGAGUGCGGUCCUCUCCAUCCUCAGGAGCAACCAGGCAGAACAAUCUCCUUGGAUGUCUCCAGUGACACUUAUCUUCUCUUUGAAGACCAGAAGUUUGUGGUCAAAGCCUUCAGGUUGUUUCACCGCAUCCCUUCCUUUGGUUUUUGCAUUCAGGAGCGAGAUCGACCUGGAAGGUUGAAAACAGAACUACUGAAGGAACUAGGCCUGAAACCAGGCCCUCUCUAUGGGCGCCUCAAAGCUGGGGAGUCAGUAACUCUUGAAAGCGGGCGUGUGGUGCAGCCUAGUGAGGUGCUAGAAGAAGCUAUUCCUGGGAGGAAAGUCUGCAUUUUAGGGGACUGUAGCUCGGUGCUUGGGGAAGGGCCGCAGAGGUUGUGCAGCGGAGCGGACAUUCUGGUUCAUGAGGCCACCCUUGGGAACGAGCACCGAGAGAAAGCAGUGGACCAUGGGCACAGCACACCUGAGAUGGCAGCGGCAGUAGCACGGGCUUGCUGUGCACGGAGGCUGGUGCUAAAUCACUUCAGUCAGCGGUACAAACCCAGCGCCAUGGUGAAGGAAGGAGAUGAAGACCAUGUUUCAGAGUUAAAGAGACAGGCUGAAGAGGCUUUGCAGGACGCUGGGGUAGAUGUGAUUCUGGCAGAGGACUUUCUCACUCUACAGAUCAGAAGAUCAAGCCUGUGCUCAGGAUGCCCUUCUCAGAUGUGAAGAUGACCCCCAGGAAUGAUGGGAUGAGGCCAAACGCAUGUAUGCUUUUCUUUUGAGGACAGCAUCGCUUCUUGAGGAUGCCACUCACACCUCUUCCACUCGGAGGGUUCCACCCUUUCCUCACUUAAGACCCUUGACCCAGUGAGCCUGG